AACACCUGAGCAUCCUUUUGGUGACUCUCUGAUGAACCAGUGACAGCAGCUGGACAGUGUCGUGUUCCAAUGAUUAUUUUUACAGCAAUAUUGUUACACUUUUGUAGUGUUAGUAAAGAAAAAACCUUCCCUAGGCUGCAAGUGCUGUACCUGGCUGUGCAGUGGCUGCUGCUGGUUCCUCAGCAAGUUCUGUAUUAAGAAUGUGGCUGGUUGAACAGAAGAAAUCUCCCCUGCAAGAAUGGUGAUUUAAUGGAAAGAAACUGACAGAAGAAUUAGAAAUAUAGUGGAUGUGCUAGAGCUAAGUUUAUGGACAUUAAGAAGAAAAAAAAAAAUUUAAGUCAUGCUUCUUAUUCAGUGACUUGAAUUUUGGAAAAGUCAUAGGAUUUUGUCACCAUUGAAUGUUCUUUGUAAGCAGGUUAGACAAAUGAGGCUUUUUUAUCUUUUGUUGCUGUAAGGUGAUAAGCAACUCUUACUUCCUUUCCUAUUUGUUCAGUUAUUUUAAAUAACAGAUUGUUCAUUUGGUGCAUAUUCUGUGAUGCAAAUUCAUUAAAAUGCAGCAAACAAGCUGGAGGCUGAACAAACCUGUGCUUUAGAAGCUCCACUUGAAACUUUGAUAAAUGUUUUUUGAGCUUCUGAUAAUGUUUAAUUUCUGUAAUCUUAAAAAGUUUAGUAGUUUUCUACCAGUAUUACUGUGCUAUUUGUCUAAAUAGAUAAAACUUUGUAUCUGUUUAGAUAGAUAGAAGUCUAGAUUGGUUGUCUUCGUUCUAAUGUGAUGCUUCUUCCUGCUCUCUGCAAGAUUCACUGUGAUCUCUAAUACAGCACUUCAAGAAAUAGAUGAUUUUGCAUGUGAGCCAUCUCGUUGAAGGAAGUGUGCGUAGUGCAUAUGUGUGCUAGCGGCUUUUAUUAGAUUAACUGUGAAUUUGUCUUGUACUUGCUUCAUGAACCUUUUCAGGUAAUUUGAGUAAAAAUAAAUAAAUGAUGGAGGAAGUCUGUUUAGCUAUUGUAUUCAACCUCUCCUGCAGUGGCAAUCCGCCACCUCUGUGGAUAGGAAGGCACGUUGCUUUCCAUACCUUUUGAUGUACAGGCAUGACAGCAUGCUCAGGCAUUCUUUGUUUGCUUGGAGAGCACUGUGGUCGCCCUGUGGUUUCUAAGGACCAGUGAUGGAGACUUUUUCAAAAAGUCUUUUUUUUUCCUCCGUUUGUUUUUUUUUUUUACCAAGCUUAAUAAAUUCGACUGUGUCAGCUGGGAAGACUGCUCUUUCCGAAAACAAAUUCCAUUUCAUCUUCCAUAAGUGAUAAAGGAGUGACUACAGAACCCUUCAAGAAGAGGCAUGGUUUCAAGCCUCAAUGAGAAGAUUAACUUAUAAUUUCAAGAAGUUUAUUGCUGAAGCUGCUUCUUCCUUUUGUUUCUUUUUUUCCUUUUAAUUGGAGCAGUAUCAUUGAGAAAUACGUGAAGCUUGCUGAUGUUGGUAACUUAAAAUACACUUAUCUUCAAGAUAGUACAACUUAUGAGUUGCUUUUUGUGUAGACGCUUAUUUUGUAUACUAAUGAAAUAUUUAUAAAAGAACAGCUAGUUAAGGGGUCAGUUUUAUUUUUAGUAUAAAGUGACAGAACAUAGAGCAAAAAUGAUUUAACUUCUCUGGUGAGGUUCAGGGGAAGUUGGUAGAUUCCUGUUAAAACAUAAUCUUGUCCUUUCUUGUAAAUGAGUUGUCACUAAAUUGUUAGUUUGGCAUGUAGGUAAUACUAAACUGCUGUUUCUUUCUUGACUUUCAUUUUUCUGUUCCCUUACAAAAUUGGACUUCAUUUAUUUUUUGAGUUUGGACAGGAGUUUUUAGCAGGAUUUUUGUAAAGUCUGAACUAUCAUUUUGCUGGCUUAAUGAUAUCGUUAGACUACUUGUUGCCCUGUCUUUUUUCCCCAGUGUGUUAUAGGUAUUUCUUCUUAACAAGGUUAAAUGAAUUUCAGCUGAAAUUUCAGGGUGAUCUAAUUAUUUUUUUCUUUCCAUUUCAAUUCCCAUGUCUUGCUAUAGAACACCUAAUUUAAGCUUAUUCAGGUCUUUUUAUUUAGCAUCUCACUUUAAAUUUUGAUGGCCUUCCUGUCAUACUCUGAAAUGAUAAGCUGUGAGGUGAAGUAAGGCAUGACAGAAGAGUGGUAAAAAAGAACAAUUUUGUCUUUUUUUUUUUCUCCCCAUUGUUCUUUAUCAUACCCUCUCAUGGUAGGUGGAAAACUGAAAGAAUCCUUCUUAAAGACUUUUGCAAUUUUACUCUGCAUAGAAGUGUUUUGAGUGCUUUCAAAAUAGUAAUUACUAUGGAAAGUAGCAUUUCUUCUGAAUGAUGCAAUGAAGAUAAACAGUAGAUGCAGGUUGAAUCAGUUGUAGCGGUGGGGAUGAACUUCAUUGACGGUCUGACAUCAUGCUGAGCUGGAUUAUCUAAAGUUGUUGAUAGUUGUUCAAUGACUAGAUUUGUGAUUAUAAGUUAAUUGGGAGUGGGCAGGGGGAGAUAUCCUUUCCAUAUCACUUUGUUUCAUGUUGCUCUUUCUGGGCAGAGAGAAGAUAGAAAGGAUAAAAAAAUACUCCUCAGUGGUUUCUUUAAAUGCUUCUAGCUGGACAUUAUCUUAUCCAGAGAGUCAGUAAAUGAAGCUGCAGUUUUUAGAUCUUGUGUUCAGCUACAAUGAUUUCUUUGGCUCCAAGUUCCACUUCUUGGUGAAUCAUUAAUCCCAUUACAUACAGUACAUACAUGAGGAACCUGCUGCAUCUUAUUCUGAGGAAGCAUGCUGUUAUGAUUGAGAUUUAUUUUUAUUUAGGUGGCUUUUCUGGUGUGUUUUUUAUUUGUUUUGUGGGGAUUUUGUUUGCUUUUUUUAGUUUUGCUGUGGGGAAAAGUGUUAUUGACAGAUAUAGCAUUUGUUUAGAAAGAGAAGUCUGAUAUGAAGACUAUUAGGAAAUUAGCUGACUGUCUCUUCCUACAGGCUGUAGUGACAGUAGAUCUAGAUAGUUUGACAUGGUCGUAGUGAGUAUCUGCCUGUAAGUUUGUAAGGGUGAAAGUAGUGACUGGACAGUUGUGUAGCAGAAGGUAUUAAAAUACAUAAUGUUUUGUAAGAUAGUUGUGAGAUGAGAAACUGAGUUUAAGAAAUGCAGUCUUAUUCGUGCCUCUUAAAUGACUGAGGAUCUUUAGAACAGAAAGAUCAUAAAACGUUGAGGAUCCAGAGAGAAAUCUUAGUCUUUUCUCUCUUAAGUAGUUAAAUUAAAUUCUGUGAUAACGAUGGAGCUGAGAUCAGAAUAUCUAGAUUGCUUAAAGACUAGUACAGAAUUGAGAGAUUUUAAUGCUUUGAAUAAUGGAGGGGUCUAUCUUCUCUCAUUAAAGAUAAUGUACUAAGAAUGUUAACUAUUUAAUUUUCUCAUUCAUAUUGCAGAAUGGAUAUAAAUUGUUGAUGCAGAACAAUUGGGUCUGUCUGUGACACAGACUAAAAUAUAGCUUGCUAAUUAUUGCCUUAUAGUAGGAAGUUCAAGAGGAAAAUUCUAUAAAAUCUUCCUUUGUGACUCCUGGAAGCUCUGAAUCUUUCGAUCCCUACCUGUAGGCUUGCUGAUAAAAAUCUUAGUAGGUAUUUUUUCAGUCUCAUCCAUAAGUCCUUAAACUCUUGCAGAUUGUUGUGAUUCCCUUAGUCUCUCCUUUUGAAGCUGUAGGAGAUAUAACUAGGUGAUCUAUGUUGCAUCAGAAGAUGAGAUGUAAUUGCCUGCCAGUGACAGACGCAGUAUGCAACUGCUAACAGGUAAUCUCUCUUUAGCUGCAGUUUACAUCUACAGUUACUUUGUUCGAGGAAGUUUGAAAUGUGUAAGAGCUAAUUCUGUCACCUCUGUCACUCCAAUUUUAAAGCUGUAUGUUUGUGAGUGUGGCCCCUGAAGGGCUUAAAUAGAUAGUUCUGAAAGGACUUGACCUACGUGAAAUGAUGUAACGUUUGCUUUUGGCAACUUAAUACAAAUUCAUUGUGAUAACUGAUACUAUUAGAAACUCUAUGGGUAGUGUCAUAAGAUGCUUCAGUUGAAUAGAUAAGGACACUAAGUUAACUUUUACAUUGUACGGGAGUGAUUGGGUUCUUGGUAUUUUUGGCACCUCACAGCACUACUACAUUCUGGUUUUUGUUUGGUUUGUUUUGUUCAAGUUUCCAAAGUUCUUGUUUAAGAAUUGAUUUUUCAAAUGGAAAAAAACCCAUGGACAACACAUUAUCCUCAUGAAGGGAGUGACUGAGGAGGGUGAAUUCUUUGUCUUUUAUCGAAAGGAUGUUUUCUAACUCUGAAUGAUGUCACAUUAAAUGUUCUUCUGUAGUGCUAAUCGCUUUUACUAGAGAGGGAAGUGAAAGUAAUUCCCAGAGAAACUGGUAAUUGUUGCAGGGAAUGAAGUAUAAAAGGAAGAAUUAAGGAGGCUAUCAAACAAUAGAAAGUACAAAAAUAGAGGUGAGGUGGUUAAAAAGCAUGUUAGUGGUUCUGAAAGGAAAUGUAUUUUUUUUAUAGUGAACAGUAAAUUUCAAGUGUAAAAAUAAAAACAAAUAGAAUUUGGUUACAUUUAAGUGUACAUACGUCCCUUUGUUUCAGUGACAGUCAGGUAGCUAGUUCAGUAGAUAGUCAACUUCAUACGGGUAACCUGUAAUGCAGACCUGAUUAUAUGACCCCAUGUGUCACAGCCAGGCUUCAAAUUUGGCCUUCAUUGAUAAGUUUGAUAGGCUUAUCAUGCCAAUAGGUGACAUUCGCCAUGUGUCCCUUGUCCUUUUUAUUGAGGUAUAUGUUAGUAAGGGGUCUCUAAAGUUCCAUUUUCAGUGGAGUUAUUGUCUUGAAUGUGAGGACAGCAUCCUUUGAAAAAAACUUCAGCCCAAAGUACUGAGGAAUUUUAACCACAAAAGAAAAUGCGAAUCUAGACAGAGAUGGAGUAAGAAAUAAAUUCAGAAAAACAUUGAGGACAGGCAGGAGAAGUGAUGCAAAUAAAAAUGUAACACUUUAAGGGGGGGAACUAUGCAUUUCUUCAGUAAGAAUUUUACAUGUUUUUUGUAAAGUUACAGAUAUAUAUAGCAUACAGUUCUGUAGGUUUUUUUUUAUAUAGCUGAGCUCCCUAAAAAUGCUAUAGACUAUAAAAUGUGAGGAAAUCCUAAGCUUUUCUUUGUUUGCUUAUUUUCCUAGUUUUUCUCUUGUGUGCAUUAUCUGAAACAAAACCCCCUCCUGUCUUUUAUUGGAUUGCUUUAAACUGCCCUAUUAUAUAUCUUGGUUUAUAUGGAUUAAGUUGUUUGAAGGAAAACAGGAUAACCAUGAGGAAGAAAAUUAAUGUGUCUUGUGUAUAUCUAUGUGCAUGUAUUAUGUGAGUAAGUAUGUGCAUAGAUAGAUUUUUUUUUUUUGACUGGAAUUUUUUGGCCAUUCUGUUGAACCGAGAGUGUCUUAGUAAUAAUGUGUAGAAGUAGAAUUGGGAUAUUCGGUAUUGAGAAGUGCAUAGUUACUAUUUUAGGGGGGAAAUCACAGUUAUUGGUAUCAAUACUUUAAUAUAUUUGUGCUAAUUAGUUUUUAGUGUAUUAAUUAUUUAUCUUACAAAAAAAAAAUCUGAAAGGGGAGGAGGGUAGCUUUGAAAACACAGUAAAACACUGAGAAUUCAGUAAGCUCAUUGUUAGAACGUAGACACAUAUACAGUUUUAAAGAUUUUUUUUUUAAAAAAAAAGUUGUUUUAUAAAAUAGUUUCUUGCACUUUACCUGCUGGCUUUUCAAUUUGGUAGAUAACAUCUGAACUCCAGCAGAGUUUUAUAAUCCCCACGUGCUUAAAUAUACUAAAUGUUCUUUUUCCAUUAAGGUUAAUGUUCGUGAAGAAAUUGAAGAGUUUUUUCCAAGAAUGUGGAAGAUAAAUCAAGAUAAAAGAAGGCUAAUGAAAAGUAUUAAAGAUCAGAAAAUUAAAAUUGAAUGGGGGAAAAAAUUGAACAGAAGAUUGGUCAGAUAGAAGCACUUGAAUGUUUUUUUAAGGCUAUAAUGAAUUGUUUGAAUUGGGGAAGAAUACACGAAGUAUGAAAAAUGAAAAACUCAAUGAAGAAUGAAGAAAAGUAGAAAGCAAGAGUGAAGUAGAAUUAAAAGAAUCUGGAAGAAUGAAUGGGUCCUAGGUUAAGUAAAUGAGUCUCGCUCCCAGUCAAAAUCUCCAGCUGGGAGUCCUGCUCGUGUAAAAUCGGAGAGCAGGUCAGGAUCCCGCAGUCCAUCGAGGGCUUCCAAACAUUCUGAAUCGCACUCUAGGUCAAGAUCAAAAUCAAGAUCCAGGUCCAGAAGACAUUCGCACAGACGUUACACUCGUUCCAGAUCCCAUUCCCAUUCUCAUUCCCAUAGGAGACGGGGUCGAAGCAGAUCAUACACACCAGAAUACCGUCGUCGGAGGAGCCGUAGUCAUUCUCCAAUGUCCAACAGGAGAAGGCACACUGGCAGCAGAGCUAAUCCAGAUCCUAAUACGUGUCUCGGAGUGUUUGGUCUCAGUUUAUAUACUACUGAGAGAGAUCUGCGUGAAGUCUUUUCCCGUUACGGACCUUUGACUGGUGUCAACGUUGUUUAUGAUCAACGGACUGGAAGAUCAAGAGGAUUUGCUUUUGUUUAUUUUGAGAGAAUUGAUGAUUCUAAAGAGGCAAUGGAGCAUGCGAACGGCAUGGAGCUGGAUGGCAGGAGGAUUCGAGUGGAUUACUCCAUCACCAAGAGAGCACAUACCCCCACCCCAGGCAUCUACAUGGGCAGGCCAACACACAGUGGAGGAGGUGGUGGCGGUGGAGCAGGUCGUCGUCGUGACUCCUAUUAUGAUAGGGGGUAUGACAGAGGAUAUGACAGAUACGAAGAAUAUGACUACAGAUACAGGAGACGAUCACCAUCGCCUUAUUAUAGUCGAUACCGAUCACGAUCAAGAUCCCGUUCCUAUAGUCCAAGGCGCUACUGAAGGUGAGAAGAGUUACAGUUUGAGGACGUGAUUUUUAAAUACAAAGUUCAGAUCUUAGCUUCCUGACUGCUUUCCCUCCCUCCCUUGUCCUCCAUCCAGCUCUUUUACAGAUCUUUGGUUCAUUUAGAAUAUACAUAUUUUCAGUUGAAGUAUUCCUGUUUUCCAUCCCUCUUUAUUGUAAUACUCUUAAAUAUUGUAAUUGUUGUAGUUUUUGUGUAGUAAAACAUCUUAAGAUGAAAUAGAGAACCCAAAGUGCUGAUACAUUUUGGAAGUCAUUCCUAUUUUGUUUUUAAAACAAUUGGACUCCUGACUAAUCAGAAGAGAGGAUUGAUAUUUUUAAAGCUUGCAUGUCAUAUGUAAUAUGCACACUCAGAUACUUUAAUAUAAACCUGCAUUUCCAAGUAACUCGUUAAUCUUUCUGUUAAAAUGUUUACCUAUUACUUUGAUAAACAAGUAACGACUUUGAGCCUUUUCUUGUAAUGACAAAUUUACUUUGAUAGUCAUGAACCAGAGGGGUUUUUUUUGUUUUGUUUUGUCAAGUAGUAGCUUUGAGUGUAGACUAUUUGAGCUAGAGCAAAAUUUGGUAUUUGACUGGGAAGAUAGAUCCUUGUACACUCAAAAUUAAGGCUGUGUUUUAUAGAUAAAGUUUCUGGACUGCUACACAGUGGAUAACAUUUGAAGAUAAAACUGUAAAAACCCUGGGGGUUUUAUUGUACUUGUUGAAUAUUUCCCUUUAAUUGGUGCAGGACAAAAAAUAUUUAUUGAACGUAGCAAUUAGUUAUAUAAUUUGCUGUUCAUGUAGACAACAACAAAAACCAUCACUGUUUGGGUAUUGCAAUAAUGAUGAAGCAAGUUUUGUUUCCAGUCCUUUUUUGGAGUUUCAAAAGUAUGGAUGGAAAAACCUACAACUACGUGUAAACCUUUUUUUUUUUUUUUUUUUUUUUUUCCCCUUCAAUAAAAGUUAAUUCCAC